AUGAAUUGGGUAAAUAAGAGUGUCCCACAGGAGUUCAUUCUGUUAGGUUUCUCAGAUCAACCACGGCUAGAGAUUCCACCCUUUGUGAUGUUUCUGUUUUCCUAUAUCUUGACAAUCUUUGGCAAUCUGACAAUAAUUCUGUGUCACGUGGAUUUCAAACUCCACACCCCUGUGUACUUUUUUCUUAGCAAUCUCUCACUCCUGGACCUUUGCUAUACCACAAGUACAGUUCCACAAAUGCUGGUAAACAUAUGCAACACCAGGAAAGUAAUCAGUUAUGGUGGCUGUGUGGCCCAGCUUUUCAUUUUCCUGGCCUUGGGUUCCACAGAAUGUCUUCUCCUGGCCGUCAUGUGCUUUGAUACGUUUGUAGCUAUUUGUUGGCCUCUCCAUUACUCAAUUAUCAUGCACCAGAGGCUCUGCUUCCAGUUGGCAGCUGCAUCCUGGAUUAGUGGCUUUAGCAAUUCAGUAUUACAGUCCACCUGGACACUUAAGAUGCCACUGUGUGGUCACAAAGAAGUGGAUCACUUCUUCUGUGAAGUCCCUGCUCUGCUCAAGUUGUCCUGUGUUGACACAACAGCAAAUGAGGCUGAACUAUUCUUCAUCAGUGUGCUAUUCCUUCUAAUACCCGUGACACUCAUCCUUAUAUCGUAUGCUUUUAUUGUCCAAGCAGUGUUGAGAAUCCAGUCUGCUGAAGGUCAACGAAAGGCAUUUGGGACAUGUGGCUCCCAUCUAAUUGUGGUGUCACUUUUUUAUGGUACAGCUAUCUCCAUGUACCUGCAACCACCUUCACCCAGCUCCAAAGACCGGGGAAAGAUGGUUUCUCUCUUCUGUGGAAUCAUUGCACCCAUGCUGAAUCCCCUUAUAUAUACACUUAGGAACAAAGAGGUAAAGGAAGCCUUUAAGAGGUUGGUUGCAAGAGUCUUCUUAAUCAAGAAAUAA